AUGCCAUCAGUUCGUACUUUAGUAGGCGCCGCAUUUUGCGCGUCAAUCGCGCAGACGGUUACUGCUACUCCCAAUCCCACAGCAUGCUACGCUGAUAAUUGCCUGAGAGCAUUGAGGGGUUUCGGGAGUAAAAGCUACGCCCAGGUUUCGACGGAAUGCUCAAACUAUGUUUGGUCAACUGUGACAGCUCAGUCCGUUGUUACUGUUUCUGAAACAUCGACGGUGGGCACGACUAUCACAACGGAGACCAGAGAGAUUGUUUAUGAAACUUCCUAUGCGGUUGUGACAGAAACCAACCACGAUAGUACUGUGCUUGUCACUCAGACAUAUCCCGACCCCUUUAGUACCGUCAAUGCCCGUGCCAUUGCUGCGAGAACCUUGGCCGAGAGUCCUAUACCAACAUAUGCCUCUGUAUGCACUAGCGGCGCGCGGUAUGCCAGCGCUUGCUCCUGCUACGGAAUCUUCCCAAGUGUGGCUACCGUUGCCUCGACCACAACAGUCAUAGAGCUUGUAACUACAACCGACUAUGUCACUGCUUCCGAUACCGCUGCAACAGAGGAUGUGACGCAAACUGUAGUUGAACCUACAACGACAGUCGUGAAUGUGCAGUACACUGCUUUCGCGGUUGCUGUCACUAGUGCUGACGAAGGCUUCCCCCGCGAAAUCUUCGAACCAAGCCAAACGGCGUUGUACAUAGAUAUGACCUACGGUGUUUGGGAAAUCUGGGGUGGACGUGGGGGUUCAAGCAUUCGUCAACCUGACGGGAAGGUAUAUUAUCCCAAUGUGGAUGAAGGUGGGAGGUGGUACCAUUAUUGCACACCGACAUACGUGGAUACCGACACCGGUGAAGUCUACCAAGCACCCACGGGCUCUAUGUUCAUAGACUCUUUCCCCGGUGCUUCACCCUCUAUUACGGGGCAGGAAGUAUACUGCAACUGGGAUUCCAAUAACGAUCUUCAUUGCAGUUGUACUGUUGCUGGAACGACCUAUACAAAGAUGACAUACCAUGCCGAUAAUACCGAGAAAACAGAGCUUUUACUGAGGAGUGGUGCUCUUCCUAGUGGUGAAUGGGAAGUCUUCGCGAAAGCAAUAACUACCAAUCACUGUGCCGGGAAUACGGGGCCCCUUUGCGAUGGCUGGCAUGAUCCCAACGAUGUUCCAAUCUGGACUUCUUGGAAGGGACGACGUUCAUUAGGUCGAAAAGUUAGAGCAUAA